AUGCGGCCCCUGCCUGCGCUUGCGCCUGUGCUCGUUGCAGUGACGCUGACCCAGCUAGUGUGCCACUGCUUUGUAAACACCAAAUAUCAAAUACAGCUAGACCACAGCAUACCUAGUGACUUCCUCCACAACGACCGUUCGCAUAAGUAUACCAAUGUGACCAUCGGGAAUGACUCCUUUUUGUGCCUCCUCGGAAAGUCAAGCAGGUCUGGCGAUGCCAGAGAAGGGGGGACUACUUCUCCCUAUAACGAUGAGGAAGAAGAGGUAGCACUCUCGGGGUGUGAUGAUCUGGGGGUAUUUAAAAAGGGAGGAGAAGCAUCCGAGGGGAUAAACAACUACGUGGAGGAAAAACUAUAUCGAAGCAAUUACCUCUUGAAGCAUUCUCAGGGGAAAGGAAUAUAUUACGAAUUACAUACACAGAAUGACCCCCCCUUGUUAGGCACAUGGGAAGGGGGGGCACCCCAAAUGGUUGGGAGUAAAAUGGAAGCGGGAGAAACGACGGGCAAAGAGGGAGAAGAAGGAGAAACCACCAGCAAAGAAGGAGCAGGAAGGGACACCACACGCAGUAGCCACCGAUACAGGGAGGCCAACCCAGCAAUAAAGAAACACCACACAGGAAGGAGGGGGUCCCCCCAAAAGCACCGCUUUAACGAAAUCAGCGUAGCUCAACGGAGGAAUAGCGCACGCCGAGCCAUACAGUGCAACUUCCAAAAGGUGUAUGACUACAUUUUCUACAAGCACAAAUUCAAUGUGUAUCAUAAAAACAGAACGUACCAAAACGUGAAUGAACAAGUUUUACUAAAAAAUCAUAUGAUAAGGGGGAAAAUGCUCACCAUAAAAAAUGUCUGCAUUGAUGCGUUUACACCGUCGAGUGAGAAUGAACUGAAAAUCUGCGUAAACAAAUCCAUUUCAUUUGUUUCGAAAAGGUAUGAUCAGAAAAAAAUCCAAAGUAAGAGCAGAAAACACACAUGCAUUUGUAGCUACCACAAUGACAAAGAUCUGCUCUUCGUUAACAACACCGUGGUUCAGUACUACAGCGAUGGGAUAUAUUUGUUCGAGGUCCUUUUCAUAUGUGGGAACAAUAACUUACGAGUUAAUAGCUUCGAAAAAUUGCACCGACAUUAUUUCCCCUUAAUUUUCCAGAUAUAUGAACAUGUUCAGGCGAAUUUGACCCAAAUGUACAAAAUUAUUCUAAACAAAUGGUCAAACAAGCAGCCUUACUUUUUUAAAACCUUUUCCAUGUACCGCUACAGUGAUGGUUACUUCAGAGCGUUAAAGGAAAAGCUAAAUAACAUGUUGAAUGCAUUUUUUCCCAACGUAAAACAACUCUACCGUGUAACUCUAAGUGCCUACAUGUUCUGUGAUUACACCCAUAGGGUAAACCCACCCAAUCAUUUCUUGCUAAAAGGACUAAUGAACAAGUGCUUCCAGUUCAGUAAGCAUGACGAAUAUAUUUAUGAAGUCUGCCUGCCCAACAGUGUUAUCCGAUAUGAGAAGGACGAAUACGAUAGAGUAAAGUACCCCCUUACUUUGCUAGGAUCUUCUGAUCGCUCCACAAAUGAAGGAAAACCUUUUUUCGAAAAAAUGUAUGAUGCGUUUCCUGUGCUCAAAAUGAAUUAUAGGCUUCGUAAAGAUUCAGAGAAUUAUCUGAAGACAAAUAAGGGGGCAAUUACUCAAUCGGCUGUUAUAUCCAUUAUGCGGGAGGAGGACAUUGAUCAUGCGGCUGUCUUCUCCGGGGGGAAUUUCCCCUCGCAGGGUUAUCCCCCUUCAUCCAACCAGCUCUCUACCUCAUCCAUUUUGGCGCCCGGCUCGGCGACUGUCCUUUCGCCGUCAUCGGAGUACACUCAGAAUGGUGGUAACAGUGGUAGUAGCCAUCGUAGCGAUGGUAGCAGUCGUAGCAGCCGCAGCAGCCGUAGCGGCGAUGGACACGGCCAAAAUGCCCACCCACUCCUAACUACCUUCAAAGCCACAAUUACGCCCCUGAAAGAGGCAGUCACCCCCCCUCCCUACUUCUCCUUUGCCACGGACCGAAUUCCAUACAUAAGCACAUACAUGAUAGACAAGCCAGUGGAGAUUUUAAAAUACGGGAGCGAAAACUUCUACAAAGCUUUAGCGGUUGAUUUGAGGGGAGGACGGUGCAGAGACUCUCUUGGCGAUGUACACGAUUACAUAACGACCAUUUACUUCGACUGCUCUUUGCAUUACCAGAACCAGACGCAGACAAACAUAAUGAACAUAUUCCAGACCACGGAGUGCCACUACUACGUGCAUGUGUCGUCUCCUGUCCUUUGCGCCCACCCGACCCUGCACACGUCCGUCAAAUCGCAGAAAGAAGUCAUACGGUGUUUCAGAAAUGUGUUCGCAGCGAGCGCCCAGAGGGUGGGCCGCUCCAGAGGUAGAAGCGGAAGCAACAGUGACUCCGCUAGCUCUCGCGAGGGAGAACCCGCCCAAGACGAUCCCUACCUCAGUGACGCAGACAAGUUCUACCUCCACCAGUUUCGGGAAAACAGAAAAAAAAUGCUGAAGAAAAAAAACAUGCACGCACUCGAAUCCGUGCCCAGGAGUACCAAAAUGGAGUUUGGCGUAAAAUAUGACUUCGGGUUAGGAAAUUAUAUCCGAAAAAGAGUGUACAAAGGAACCCCCAUUUUUCACAUUGGCAACAUUGUGAGGCAUCGAUACUGGAAUUACGAAGCAGUGGUGGUCAGCUGGGACUACAUAUGCUACGCGCCAGCCGAGUGGAAAUAUCAUUUCUUUCUCGAGUACCCAACCGAAGUUCAAAACUCGGUGCAUUACCUCCUUCUGGUUAAUAAAGACGGGAAAAAGGAAGGCGCAAUUUUGCAUGACCGUUCAGCUUACACGGAUCAUCCUAACAAACGUACAGAAACUUCACACAGGAGACAGGUUAAACACGCAACUGCUAAUAUGGCGUGGGAAAAAGUACGGCUCAACGUGAGCGAAGAACAACCAUUCCAUGAUGACCACUUCAACUUCGCUUACGUUCCCGAGUCCAGUUUGGUGUAUGGAGAAAAUAUGAUUUACAGCGAACAUUUGUCGAAAUUUUUCGAACAGUACAAUUCCUUUUUUCAUUUUUACAUUCCCAAAAAGGAUCAUAUAAUUUGGAAGCUUUUCCCGUAUGACUUCUUCAACCUUAUAUUUUGA